CAUUCUAAAAAAUAAACAUUUUUAUUUAGUGGACAUUUCAUAUCAACAAAUUUAGAAUAUUUAGUGGAUACUGUGAAUUUCACAAUUUAUUUGUGGAAAAUUGUUUAUUAUAUCGGGUGCAGUUGUCAGAGCAAUUGAGGAAUGGCCGAUGUACGUGAUAUUUUAGACAUCGAGCGGGCGAAUACGCCUGAAGUGACUCGUGAAUCAUUUCUGGUGCAGAAACGGCGGAACUUUGAAAAAGCUAAAGGAGUUUCCAAACGCCCAGAGGGUAUGCACCGCGAAGUAUUCGCUUUGCUCUACAAUGACAACAAAGAUGCUCCACCGCUUUUACCAACAGACACUGCACUUGGUAUUGGAGCGGGUUACAAGCAAGCGAAAGCUCGUUUGGGAAUGAAAAAAGUGCGCAAGUGGGAAUGGGCUCCUUUCAAUAAUCCAGCACGCACAGACGGUGCUGUAUUUCAUCAUUGGCGUCGUACUACAGACGACCAGAAGGAUUAUCCCUUUGCCAAAUUCAAUAAGCAGCUUCAAAUACCCACCUACACCAUGACAGAGUAUAACACACACUUGCGUACGAACGUACAAAAAUGGAACAAGGCACAAACCGAUCAUCUGUUCGAUUUGGCUAAACGUUUCGAUCUGCGGUUUAUCGUAAUGGCUGAUCGUUGGGAUCGUGCACAGCAUGGCGUUAAAUCUGUGGAAGAUCUGAAAGAGCGCUACUAUGAAGUAGUAGGUCUGCUCGCCAAAGCCAAGGGACAGAAUAGUGACAAAAAAUCAUAUGCUUUUGAUGCAGAACACGAAAGGAAGCGCAAGGAUCAACUGAAAAAAUUAUUUGAACGAACUACCCAACAAGUAGAAGAAGAGCAAAUGCUCUUGAAUGAGCUUAAGAAGAUCGAAGCACGCAAGAAGGAGCGCGAACGCAAAACUCAAGAUCUACAAAAACUCAUCUCACAGGCGGAUCAGCAAAGUGAUGCCGCAACCAAUGUGCAGAGUGCACGCAAAUAUGAAAAGAAACUUGUUAAGAAAAAACUACAUCAUCAACCGCGUCCCUCGAAGGUUGAUUCGGUCGUAAAUGCUAUAGAAAUAGGUGGCAGUGGCAUAAAGUUCUCAGACCUACGUGGAUCUGGUGUUUCAUUGCGCUCACAGAAAAUGAAGCUGCCUGCAAACAUCGGUCAGCGUAAGGUAAAAGCAUUGGAACAAGCCAUACAAGAGUUUAAAGUCGAUCCCUCGCCGCCGCCAACCGAGGAAAUAUGUAACGCAUUCAAUGAAUUGCGCUCCGACAUGGUUCUGCUGUGCGAAUUAAGGACAGCCUUGUCCACAUGUGUCUAUGAAAUGGAAAGCUUAAAGCAUCAGUAUGAAGCAGCAUGCCCGGGAAAAACUCUGAACAUUCCACCGUCUCUAAUACCAGCCGAACCCAUUAAAGAAGAAAUAAUUGAGCCUGGUACUUCGGCCAGCACAAAUGCAUAGUCUUCUAAUAAACAACAAUUUUUAUGUAAUUCUCAUUCAUAAGAUAAAUGAACAACGGCUAGUUUGAAUUAAAUCGAAAAAAAAUUUGUUCUAUCAGAAA